AUGGGCGGUGCAAAACGGUAUCCGUAUCCUAAGGAGGUUUGGACUCCAUCUGGCGGUUGGUGGACUAGACCAGCAAAUUGGAAAAGUAAUACAGCCAUUACUAUCGCGGGAAUUUCUGUAAUUGUUGGAGUUAUUUGGAAGAUAUCAGCAGAAAAAGAGUGGCGACAUAACAAACCUAAUCGAUGGAUUCCCUCGAUGAUGUGGUCAAGACAAUUUAAAGACGGGGAAUAUAAAGACCUUAAAUUUGAUUCUCCGGAAAAAUAA